AUGGCAUCUCUACAGAACCUGCUCAGCCCAUCCAUCGGGGCCAUUUCACUGCUCACGUUGUUCUGCUCGUACAUAUUCAUCGGUGCGGUGGUGAAUUAUCGCAAGCUCAGCCAGUUCAACGGUCCACCCUUGGCCGGCUACUCUCGCUUCUGGCUCUUUUGGCAAGCGGUCAACGCUCGUGUCAACACGGCUGAAUUCGAAGCUCUCCGAAAAUAUGGAUCUGUGUGUCGCAUCGGACCUGAUCUACUUCUCACAGAUGACCCGGAUAUUGUCCGGCACAUGAAUGCACCCGGAUCAAGAUGGAUCCGGUCGGAGUGGUAUGAUGCCAUGAGGCUGGAUCCGAGACUUGACUCUGUCUUCUCAACCAGAGAUGAAAAGGUACACGCAGAUUUGAGAGCGAAGGAGGCUGGCGGAGUCAACAUUGACACCCUGGAACCUGAUAUUGAUGCUCGAGUUGUGGACCUGGUCAACCUGAUCAAGACCACCUACGAUGGUAUAACGAUGGAUUUCUCUGAUGUCGCUCGCUUCUUCACCCUUGACGUGCUCAGCACCGUGGCAUUCGGCGCCCCUUUUGGAAUUCUGGCGGCAGCGGGUCCCAAGGAGACGGAUAAGGUAGGCAUGGGUCCAGUACUUGCAAUCGCCAGGAAGGCUGUGGCAGAGAGAUAUGAUCCCGACCCGAAAGCGAAAAAGGAUAUGCUGGGGUACUUUGUGGACAAAGGCCUCAACCAGUUACAAUGCGAGGUGGAAGCCAAUCUACAGAUCGUAGCCGGUUCUGAUUCCACAACGACCGUGCCAAGGUCCGCAAUGUUUUUGCUGACCGGUAGUCCCAGCGCGUACGGCAAACUGAGAGCGGAGAUUGAUGGUGCGAUUGGGGCCGGCAAGAUGUCUUUCCCGGUGAUUAAAUAUUCCGAAGCACAGAAGCUCCCUUAUCUUCAUGCUUGCAUUUGGGAAUCUCUAAGGGUGUACCCACCUCUAUUUGGAUUGAAGAGCAAACUUGCACCGCCUGGCGGAGAGACUAUGAAGGGCAUUUUCUUUCCCGAAGGGACCGAAGUUGGAAGCUGCGACGCGGCCAUGUGUCGAUGA